CCCCUCUAAGGAGCAAAUUCACUACUGACUCCAAAAUUUAUAGUAGCCAAGUAAGCUAUAUCCAGUUUCACUUUACUUUUGCAUACACAACCGUAUUAUCAUUAAACACUGAAGAAACCAAAUGAAGCUUGCUGGCAUGAUUUCUUGUUCCACCUAUUACAAUCGCCUUCUAUCCGUUAAGGAUAGUGUGAAAAGGGAAGAAGAGAACCCCAUUCCAAGAAGAAAGGCAAAAGAACUCAAGUUUUCUUUGAAGAGCUUGGCUCCUCCUCUUGUGGCUGCGUUUCUGGUCUUAUCUCCAAUUUCUGGCACUCCAGUUUCAAGUGGCCAAACCAUAGACAUCCAGAGAGGAGCCACAUUGUUUCGUAAAGCUUGUAUCGGAUGUCACGAUGCUGGUGGAAACAUAAUACAACCAGGAUCAACUCUAUACACAAAGGAUUUACAGAGAAAUGGAGUUGAUACAGAAGAAGCGAUUUACCGUAUCUCAUACUAUGGCAAAGAAAGAAUGCCGGGCUUUGGUAAAGAGUGCAUGCCUCGGGGCCAGUGCACAUUUGGAGCUCGUUUGGAAGAUGAAGAUAUUAAGUUAUUGGCCGAGUUUGUCAAGUUACAGGCCAAUAAAGGGUGGCCAAGUAUAGAAUUGCAAGAAAAAUGAUAGUUAUACAUAAUGAAUUGGUACUUGAUGAUUGAUUUUGUUCACUGCAUUUAUUCAAUUUCUUGGCAGUUGUAGUUAAAGUUGAAAUCUUCUUUUCUUGAA